UGUGUACGACACAGGUUAUGAUAUUACACUGUAACCUCCAGUUAUAAAUUCUAUCUGCAGCUUAGCUUUAGCACAUUAUUGGUGCUUUUCAAAAAGUUUUGUUUCCUGCUGCAUGUUUAGUCAUACUUCCCUUGCUGAAGGAUGCAGAUCUGAAUCUUAUAUAAAGGCCUGUGCUGUUUCAAGCCAUGUCACAUUUUCAGGCCUGAGUCAAGAGGAUGAGAAACAAGAAAUAUUUGUACAAAACUCUCAACAAUAUUUAGUCCACAUUUUUAGAAUAAAAAUAUGUCUGCCUUGGUCCUAAGAUAACAUCUAGAACAACACAAAACCUCCACAGACACUAUAAAAUGGGGAAAUGAUUGUUUGCAUGUAGUCACAGAUUACGUUGAGUGUGUGUUUGCCUUGGCUUUUGGUGGGCAAUCAAUGUGCAUUGGUACUUUGGACCUUUGGAGUACUGUUACACUUUUUGUCGUCAAUAGUCUUGAAUGAUGUGAAAAGCUGCACUGCACCACUCACAUGACUGUAUGCACAUGGGCUGACAUAGUCUGUGUGAAUGGCUGCGUAAAUUUGCACAUUUUUAUGGCAUGCUCAAGGAAACACCUCUGUGUAAAGCGUCAAACACAACUUGUGCAUGCAUGCUGCACACAUGAACUCAGCGAACCUCAGAUAGCAGCGAUGUCAUGAGGUGCGGGUGUUUUUAAAAUGUUUACUUAGUAGCUCUUGGCUACCUCAGGGUCAGUACCUCUCUCUGCACUCUGCAGGAUACCUGAAUCUUCACCUCAGCUGUGGACAAAUGCUUUUAAAUAUCCAGCUUCACAAAAGUGUUCAUUCAUCUCAAAACCUGAAAUGUAUCUGCAUCUAGAAACUGACGUUUUGGCCUAUUUUCGUUUGCAAAAUAGUUCGAGCUCAAGCAAGAGAUUUUGUGGAUUUUGUUUCAGUUUUCACGUCUUUGUAAGUCUGGAUAUGACUGAGCCAAUCUAGCACAAGAAUAUGAUUUGAUGCUUUGAAAUUCACACUGUAUUUUUACUCAUGCUAAAUCACUGAUUUCUGCCAGAGAUCGUUGAGUCAGCUUUCUUCUUCAUGUUUCUCCUCUGCUUCUCAGGUGGCUCCUGAAAUCGGCUCAAUAAAUGGCAAAGGCAAGGAACAGAUGGAUGAUACCUACAUGGCAGCGGAGGAGGACGAGGAGGAGGAUGACCACAUACCUCACACUCAAUCUCCCGUCAUUGUCCAGCCCUUCGCCAACCACAGUGGAAAGCCAGCACUUAUUAAAAGAGAGUCAGAGAUGGAUUUGACCAAUUCUGCACUUCAUCGCCACAUAUGCUCUUCUGUGACUCAUCAGAAUGGUUCUGAUGGGAGUCUUACAAAGCCUAACGGUGCUAAUAUGACCAAUGGGUCUCAGUCUGAUCUGAAAUCAGCAUGUAAAAGGACUUCAAUGGCAUCGGAGCUUCAAAGGACUAUUAUUGCCACAAUCCCAAAAGACAACUCAGAGAACGGGCCAAAGGCGUCUCCAGAUGAUGUGUCACUUCCACUAAAGAAGAUCAAACUGGAAGAGCCGUGGCUGUGGAUCACUGAGCAGACUACCACGCAGCUGACUAGGCAAGACGACGAUAUGUGCGAAGAUCCUCUGUCGAUGUUGGCAGCAGUUGUCUGCCUGUCCGUCACAGAGAGGAAGGGACUAGAGGAGAAACUUCUCGGUACACGUUCUUCCAUUCUGUGCUCCAUUAAGACAGAACCGCCAGAUUUGCACUUUGUCAAAACAGAAAAAGAUGAGUUGAAGAAAAGCACUCCUGCUAAUUUGCAAAGGACUCCCCAACCCAUCAAAAGUGAACCUCCUCAAAGUGUCCUGUUACCCAGUGUGCAGUCCUUGGCGGAGAGGAGAAACCUUAGUUUUGAUCAGGCUAUUGCUAUCGAGGCCUUGACUCAAUUGGCGGUAAUACCACAAAGCCCCUCAGGUCCCAUUAAAGCUGAAAGUAAUGGUGAACACCCCAUUUCCUCCAGUUCCCCAGGUUUCCACACAAAUCCUGCACAGCAAGCAGCUAAACGUGCAUCAGCCAUCCACUACAACAAAGUCUCGGUCAUCAGCUCACCGCUACACCAGACUUCAGUGAUACGCCCUCCUGUGGCCAGGCAGGGGAAUGUCAUUCAGUGCUCCAGAAGGCUGAGCUCUGACACAAAGCCUUCUGUCGAAGAAAUGCCCUCAAACUGCAGGGGGACAAACCAGAGUCAGUCUCCUUAUGUCAUCCAUUCACAGUGUAGCUAUAAGGACUCCAGCAGGGGUCAUGAGCGGUUAGGAGAGGACAGGGAAAGGUGCGUCAUUAAAAUGAGGAGGAACAGGGACGAGGAAGAAGUGGCAGCUCAGCUGGCGGAUCUGGCCUUCAUCAUCCAGGCGCGGCACAAUCAACAGUCCGACAACGGCCCCCCUAAGGGAACACCUGUUUCAGCUAUAAAGUACAACUACAAAUCCCAGCAAAGCCCCUGUCAGAAAAAGCCUCCCUUAAAAAAGACCAAAACUACGCCGUCCAAGCCCAGGAAGAGGAAAAGCGAUGGAUUACAGGAGGGAGCGAGUCGUAGGACCGGGCAGGGUGGGGAGACGCCUCACAGGAGCCGAGGCCAGAAUGGUCUCCCACACGGGAAAUCGAGUCGUCAACCCAAGAACAAUUUCUUUUUGCCGUUGGCUCAAAUUGAUUUGAAGAAAUACUUGGCUGAGGCUCAAGAAGGAAGGAGGCAACUGAUCCAUCAAAGUAACAUUCACAAUACAAGUUUGUCUCAGAAUCCCAACAAUCUGUUCACCACGAACCACACUGGUGCUGGAGAAAACCACCAGUGGUCGCUUCCUAAUGGUCUGCCUCUCCCACACAAUCAAUGCAAUGGUUUCGUUGCGGGACCAGCAGAGAGCCACGUGUUAUCUCAGGUAGCGCCGCCUGCUGGCGAGCUUCAGCACGGCACUCAUCCUAUCGCCAGCCCUGCAAAACCAGCUUUUACUAGCAACGUCAAUGGGUUCCGUGUUCUGAGCAACGGCUUCUCAGGGCCUCCUGACUCCCCUCCUCCAAGCCAACAGAACUACUAUAAGCUAGAGACGUCCGGGUCCGUCACUGUCCUGUCCACAGCGACUGACGGGGCUCACCCUGUAGAGUCCACUCCAACCAGGAAUGGUGUCAACAGCUUUCUGGAGUCUCCGAUGAGUUUCCUGGAUACCCCCAUCAAGAACCUGCUCAGUACACCUUCCAAAAAACUGGCAGAUCUUCCUUCCUGUCACUGUGUGGACCAAGUUAUUGAAAAGGAGGAAGGCCCUUACUACACUCACCUUGGGGCAGGACCCAACGUUGCCGCCGUAAGGGAAAUGAUGGAAAACAGGUAUGGUGCCAAAGGAAACGCAGUGAGGGUGGAAGUUGUUGUUUACACUGGGAAAGAGGGCAAGAGCUCCCAGGGGUGUCCCAUAGCUAAAUGGGUGAUCCGACGUGGGAGCGAAGAGGAGAAGUUGCUGUGCUUGGUCCGACAAAGACCGGGCCACUACUGCGACACGGCUGUGUUGGUGAUCCUCAUCCUGGCGUGGGAGGGAAUCCCUCGAACGGUGGCGGACCACCUUUACCAAGACCUCACAGAGACUCUCUUUAAAUACGGCUCCCCCACCAGUCGCCGUUGUGCCCUCAACGAAGAUCGAACGUGUGCAUGCCAGGGUUUGAACCCUGACACCUGCGGAGCCUCGUUCUCCUUUGGCUGUUCCUGGAGCAUGUACUUCAAUGGCUGCAAGUUUGCCCGCAGCAAAGUGCCCCGCAAGUUUCGUCUGCUUGGAGACCUCCGAGAGGAGGAGGCGAAGAUUGAGAGCAACCUUCAGAGUUUGGCCACUGAUCUCGCUCCACUCUACAAAAAGCUGGCUCCAGUGGCAUUCCAGAACCAGGUGGAGUGCGAGGCUGCAGGGGACGCUUGCCGGCUGGGCAGGAUGGAGGGUCGUCCUUUUUCAGGGGUCACAGCUUGCGUAGAUUUCUGCGCUCACGCUCACAAAGACACCAGCAACAUGAACAACGGCAGCACCGUGGUUUGCACUUUAACAAAGGAAGAUAACCGUGCGGUGCGGAAUAUACCUGAGGAUGAACAGCUUCAUGUGCUCCCACUGUACAAGAUCUCUGACAAAGACGAGUUUGGUCAGGUUGAAGGCCAGUGGGCCAAGAUCCGGAGUGGAGCUUUGCAUGUUCUCUCCUCCUUCCCCAGAGAGGUGCGCCUGCUGGCUGAGCCUGUGAAAUCUGCUCGUAAGAUAAGACAGGAAGCUCGUCUGAAGGCGCAGGCAGAGAAGAUGGAGAAGAAGCUCGGCAUGUCAUCUCUCACUCCUGGGAAAGUCAAAUCUGAAACCCCCAAUAAAGAGCCUCAAGGCUUCUACAGCGCUUAUGGAGUACCACCGAGACCCACCAGUGUUGGCAGAGCCACACCGGAGAGAAAUCAAGCCGCUGCUUACAGCCACAGCGUCAGCAGCUGCUCUUCUCCGGGGGCGGGGAUCGCUUCGCAGCGGGAGGUCCUCCCCUCCAGCCACCACAGCGUAUCAAACCUUCAGUUUAAGCAUAACGGCGUAGCUGUCGGCUACCAUACUGCUGGUGCCACUAUGAGUGGUUUAACUCCAGCUUCUGGUGAGCAGGGUGCUUUACUAGAACGUAUACCUCCACAGAACCUCAACAACGACUUUCCCUUUAAAGCUGAGCCCAGCGAGAUGCACUGCUCCGCUCUGCACAGACUGUCCCCCUCCUCUUUCUCUGCCAGACCUACCUCUGAGGGCCUCUUCGGCAGGCUCAAUGGACUUCUUCGGGCUGCAGAAGAUGUUGCAGGAGAGGUCAGGGGUCACGACUUCCCUCCAGGCCAGUCUCUCCCCUUACAAGCCCCGCCGCUCGAAGAACCGCAACAGGCAAAGCAGGAAGAGGUGUGGUCCGACAGCGAGCACAACUUCCUGGACGAGGACAUUGGCGGCGUUGCUGUGGCGCCGUCACACGGCUCAAUCCUGAUUGAGUGCGCGCGCCGCGAGCUCCACGCCACCACCCCCAUCCUCAAGCCGAACCGCCGCCACCCAACUCGCAUCUCCUUGGUCUUCUACCAGCACAAAGCCCUGAACGAGCCAGGCCACGGGAUGGCGAUGUGGGACGCCAAGAUGGCCAAGCGGGAGCGGGAGCGGGAGGAGGAGGCGGAGAGACUGAGGAUGGAGGGAAGCGGCGAUGCGGGGAAGAACAGAAAAACAUCAGGGGGCGGGGAGGGAGAGGAAGACGAGGAUAAAGAGACAGCGGAGGCAAGAAGGGUAAUGAAUGUCCCAACACGGCAGGCUUUCACUGCGCCGACAGGCGGCGUCAUCACCGUGUCUCCUUAUGCACUUACACAUGUGACGGGCCCUUACAAUCGCUGGUCUUAGUCGGCAUGUUUCAACAGACUCACUUGAAACUCCUACACCGUGGUUCUGCCUUACCUCAUUCACCUUCAAUCGGCUACUCUCAUCGUCAUCGUGUCGUUUUUUUGUUUUUUUGUUUUUAUUGUACUUUUCUAUUGUCUGCUAACUUUGUCCUUCUUAGAGUCUGCCAUCUUUGGUGAUGGGAAGGAUCAAAGUUUGUUGGCUUUUCAACUGUGAGUUUCGGUGCUGGUUUUUAAUGUAAAGAGAUGGUGCUUUGAAGCAAGAUGUUUUUAAACUGGUUUUAUACACAUGAUUUAGAACAAAAAUAGAUGUGAUUAUUUAUUCUGAUCAUAACAAUUUCUAUUUAAUUUCUGAUAUAAGCCUGUUUACUGCAAGAUGUCUAUGAUACCCUGCUUUAUAUUGUACAGUAGGAGGGUACUUUGGUGCCAUUCUCACUGUAACCUUGGUUUAGCAAUUUUGUUACUUCACAUAAUUUUAUUUACUACAGAUUGUCACAUGUAGCAUUAUGCGUUUUCCUUUCACUGCCUCAGUCUUCUGUUGGUGGUUUUAAAAAAAAAUCACUUUUUUCUUCAUUGAAAUAUUUUAUUUCUUUAAUUCACAGCUAUAAAUGGCAUAUUAAAAAGCACUUUCCCUUAACUUGAAAAACAGGGCAUAAGCCUGAAUUGUGUGUGCUGACAGAGAUACUAUACAGUAAAUUUGACAGUUAAAAAUUAACCAUGUUUUGUUUUACAGUAUUUCUGCAAUAAUUAGCUUUUUAUUCAGUUUGAGUACACAUAUAUUUAAUGAAAUUCUGUUCUCACCAAAGUAAUGAAUCAUGAGAAACUAUCGGGAGUAGGUUCUCAGUUACACCAGAGCCGGUCCAAGGCUGUGUGAGGUCCUGAACAGAGUUAGUUAGAUGUGGGGACCCUUGUAGCUGUCACCACAGCUCCGCUAAUCUUCCUUUGUUACUAUUGUUAGCUAGCGAUAUUAGCAUGUUAGCUAAAACCUAGCUGCUGGCCAAUGAAUGUGCAUCCUUUAUAGCAGCAGGUUGAGCUAACAUUUUAACUAAUGUUAGCUUAUCAAGAAUUUCAGUAAGUUUGCUAGAUUUCAUUCUCACACUACAUUAAAUGUGGUUGACCACUUUUGUAUAGCUUAUCUCUUUACAUAGAUUAUUUUCUUGUAUUUCUUCACUUUUAUUUUAAAAAUAAAAUAUCUAGAGCUACAAUUAAAUAUGGACGCAGAAGUUAGCUGGUCAAUGAAAUUAGAUCAGUUUUAGCUUGAUUGGUGAUGUGGAUGUAAUAUUUUAUCACAGUAUUUUGUUGCAUUUAUUUUGGUGACGACAAAACGUUUUAAGAAAAUGUAUCACUGUGUUAUUAAUAAUACUUCUUGAAUUGCAUGCAGAUCGAAUCCGAACAAAUCCUUCUCUGAAAGUACAAUUUAACCACUACCAAAAAGCCCGCUUCACCACAACAGUUAUAUUAAUUAGAGCAUUUGAGCUGUUAAACAGUGCACAACAUUGGAUUGAGUCAUAUUUUGACACGUGCAGCAGUUACUGUUGCUCUUACAGAUCCUACUGUAAGAAGAGAAAAAAUAAUUUAAACAGACAAUGUAACAAUCUCGAUUGACCGAUUGUGAGGUUUGCUAAGUUUAUCAGUGAGAGGUUGGCCUUACUUUUGGCAAAAUAUUCAUAAUUACACAAAUGAGACCAAGACAGAAGACUCUAAGUUAUACUUGGUGGAGACAUAUUUAGGAGCAGUGAGGGAGCUGACCCAAAAGAUCAGAAUCUUUGAAAAGAGAUUAACUCGCCCUCACUCGCUAAGAACUGCGCUAACCCUUCAGAUUGUUACUAUAAAAUGCUUAAGGCAGUGAAAAUGGACGGCUGCAUUGUAUUUCUGUUUUGUAUCAAUUGCUCUCAUAUCUUCGAUUGCUCAUGCCUUGGGCCGGCUCUGGUAUUCCACUCUUGGAAGAGGCGUCUUUCAUAGGGAACAAGUGUGAUUAUAGGACUUCAGAAUCUAACUGUAUAUUUUAAUGGUGCUAUCUUACAAGAAGCUACAAAUGUGUCAGAUGUCAACACAACACCCUGUUGUUGUAAAACCACUUGAACACCAUGUCGCACUCAAACAAUUGCUUAAGAUGUUUUUUUCAAGUGCCCAGCUCUUGUGAAGACCUUUGUUUACAUAUAUCUUUUUACAGGGUCUCAGUAAAGGGGCUGGGAGUAGCUCCUGGGAAUUUUUUUGUACCCAUUAAAGAGAAGCUCUUUAUUUUUAGGAACUAGGAUGAUUGCAACUUUAGCACAACCCUUCACUCAUAUUCACACUAAGACAGAUGGCAUUACAUCUUUAUCUGAAACAUUUGGUCGCCUGCUUAAACUCGGUUUUGGUGCUAAAAGAAAAGAUGUCAAAGACUUAAACUGGUUCUAAACUGUAUAACGGUGCUUUUUCUAGAACCCGUCUUUGUCGAAUGUGUUCAGACAUUGUCUGUAUCAUUUCCUUUGUCAAACAUUGGUAGACGGGGGACAACAAACGAAAGCAUUAAUAUGUUUUUCAAGUGCAAGUUGAAGGUGCAUACUGGUGCAGUUUUUCAUUUACAGUUUAAAUGUCUUCCACAUUUUAAAGAUUUCUCCAGCAGCUCUUAAAAAAAUCUGAACCUACAUGCAAAAAAUAAAUAAACAAAUGAAUGUAAAACUGUUUGGAAUCCACUGAAUUUUAAACAUCACACAAUAAAAUGAAAAUUGUAAUUUUUUUUAAUUAUUAUUUCUUUUGAACGGACAUUUUCUGUCCACAUGAAACAUUUUUGUAACGAGCACCAGCAUUUAGACAGACUGUAAAUAUGUAUGUGAACCACAUUGUUUUUACUGUACUGUUAAAGGUGUUUUAGAUAAUGGGUGAUCUUGCUUAUUUUAAAACUGAAUUACUGUAUGUUGCUAAAAGUAUAUCCAGUUUAGACUUGAGAAGAGACUAAAUUUAGCAUUCCUUUUACGGAUGGCUGAUCUCUUUCAGGAUUGUUAAAUAAAGUCAUAUUUAUAUUUUGGACCUCA